AUGGCUACCGAGGACGGGCGGUACCGAAAAUCAAGCCAGUUUCGACUAUGGUCCUUCUCCCCAGCCACGUUGCAGGAGCUACGAGAGAAGACGAACUCGUUGGCAAAACAACAAAUCGCACCUCGCAUAGACGCCGUCCCCGACUUCCUCACCCCCGACGAAGAAGCCAGGCUGGUGAAGUUUUUCACCGUUGAACUCAUUCGAGCGGCGCAGUUCUGCGAGUUGCCGACGGAAAUCCGCGCAACCGCCGCCGUGUUUCUCCGCCGGUUCUACACGACAAACUCGGUCAUGACCUAUCCGCCCACCGAACUGCUCAAGACCUGUUUAUUCUUUGGCUGCAAGGCAGAGGGUUUUUACAUCCGGCUGUCCAAGCUGGCCGAGAAGUUCCCGAACACGACGGGCGAGCAGAUCCUGGCCGGGGAGUACUUGCUAUGUCAGGGCAUCCGGUUCGCAUUCGACGUGCGGCACCCCUUUCGAGCCCUCGAAGGCGCCAUCCUGCAGCUGAGGAUGCGUCUUGCAGACGGGGACGCCAGGAUAAACCACGCGCACGCGCGGGCCAGGGAGAUCCUCAAGUUCAGCGCGCUCGUCACGGACGUGUAUUUCCACUUCACGCCGAGCCAGAUCAUGAUGGCGGCGCUGCUGAUGGUGGACUCUGGGCUUGUGGAUAUCCUGUGCCCCAGACCGGCAGAGAGCGCCGAGUCGAGUGGGGACAGCGCCGUCCGUGACAAGAUCAUGACUACCCUCGAGAGCUGCCGCGCCAUGCUCGAAGACGAGCCUCCGGAGAGGAUGACGGAGUACUGGGGCACGCCGGAGAUUGUCAGGUCGAUGAAGCCGUUGCGAAAGAAACUGCAACGAUGCCGGGACCCGGACAGGGCUGACCUCGUGGCCCUGCAGCGGGCGCGGCGAGAGCAGGCCGUGGUCAAGCCCAAGAAACCGAGUGCCACAGACGACGGCGCCGUCUUUGGCGGUGCCGAGGCCAGAGAUGCAAAGCGCCGGAAAGUCGACAGCACGGACGACGUGUUUGGUCCCGCGCUGGGGCAGUGA